CUCCCAUGGCCAUCCAAUUCAGCUGUACCGGGGGGCACAGUUCCAGCUCCCACUUUCUUGCUGCUGUUUCUUUGCACCAUGGCGACUGUACAUGCUCUGGGUAGCGACGCUCUGGUUAGCCAUGCCUUUAAUGGAGAUAGCACACAGUUAGCCUUAUCCGUCAAUACUAGUGAUGUGUAUUUACUUCGAGUUCCCGCUUCUUCGUCUUCGAAGUUCCAGCUCCUUGACGUCUUGAAAGAGCACUCUGCUCUUGUCACCGGUUUGGACUGGGCACCCAAAACUGAUAAAAUAGUGUCUUGCUCAACCGAUCGAAAUGCGUAUGUGUGGACGAAGUCUGAGGACGGGAAGUGGAAACCUACACUCGUAGUCCUAAUGAUUGAUCGUGCUGCUAUCUGUGUGAAAUGGUCCCCCCUCGAAGACAGGUUCGCUGUUGGCAGUGGAUGCAAGCUUGUUUCGGUAUGCACUUUUGAUCAAGAAUCGGAUUGGUGGGUCAGCAAGCGUAUAAAAAAGCAGUUCAAGUCCACAGUCACUUGCCUUGACUGGCACCCAAACAAUUCUCUGCUAGCAUGCGGUUCUUCGGACUUUCACACGCGCGUUUAUGAUGCACAUCUUGAUAAGGGUGACACAGAUUCCUUGUGGGGUAAGCUGCGUUCCUUCGGAUCCCUACUGUUUGAACAUUAUGAAUCCGAAGGCGGUUGGGUACUUGGCGUGUCGUUUUCUGCUGACGGUAACAAGCUAGUGUGGACAAAACAUAAUUCCUUACUGUUCGUCGCGGAUGUUAGCGGAGCAUCCCCUGCCAACGGAGUAAAAUGUGGUCCGGCCGUGGUUUCGUGUCUACGUACGGAGUUCUUGCCGCUCAUAAGUUGCCUAUGGGUCGGUCCAACCACGUUUGUUGCUGCGGGCUACGAUUGCUGUCCACUGGCCUUCCGUUAUAACGUCAAAGGUAUAGAGUUCGUACAUUCCCUGGACGUUAAAAGCGAGGGCAAGACGACGGGGAAGUUGACCGCAAUGAAGAAGUUCCAAGAUAUCGAUCGGAUGGCCACGACGGAAAAUGUCGGAUCACGUCUUGACACGGUUCAUCAGAACUGCAUCAACGAGCUGCGAAUUUGUGAACGAAAUCGAGGACAACCUUCUCGUAUUUCCUCCAUCGGACGAGAUGGUUACCUGGUAUUUUGGGAUUUACCUACGCUAUGCCAACAAAUUGCGGAGUUGUCCAUUUCAUGAAUGCGACGGCCUGUGUUCGCCUUUCUUAUCAUGAUGUAAUACUCCCCAGGUACACAAAUCUCUGUACUCAAUUUUUGCGCUAGCAUCUUCGCGGCAUAUGCUGGCUUUAUGUGCCCAUCGUUACUCUCACGCAUUGCUCUCCUAACUGGAUUAUGACGAUGAUGAGGGACUAUAAACGCUUGCUUAUUUGUGUGACCCCACCCACACUUCCAUGCCAAAUGGGUCUGCAUGACCAUUACGACUUUUUCCACCCAGAUGUCAUCCGGUGAUCACGCCGGAUGCGCGCACCACUCCCUGCUCCCUCUCAUCCCCAACUUUCAUCCACUGCUGUGAUCACACUCAUCAUCUCUCACUUGUCCAUUUUUCCAUUAACCAUGACUACUUGCAGCUGCCAGAUUGUACCUUGUGUCCUUUUUUAUGCAAUCACUGAACUGCCUAUCGUA